AGAAUUACUGUAUACAGUUCCCUCAACUCAGAAUCAUCAAUGGAGAUUUCCGUUGACAACAAAGCCUUGCUUCACCUAAUGCUGCUCUUGUUGUCGUUGUCCUUUCCACCGUCGGCCUCCGGCCUGGCUUGCCACGCCGGAGACAAACAAGCAUUGCUUGAAUUCAAGGCCAAGAUCACCUACGAUUCAGGACUGCUGGAUUCCUGGAAUCCUUCCACUGAUUGCUGCAGCUGGGAUGGCAUCGGAUGUGAUUCUUUUGGCAGAGUCAUCAGUCUCAACCGUCCAGGCCAUUUCUCCAACCCCUUCCCUGUUGAGGCGAUCAUGAAAGGAACUUUAUCCCUUUCACUUGGGAAUCUGACCUUCCUUCAGAAUCUGAACCUGGAAUUUCUCAUGGAACUCGAAGGUCCUAUUCCACCGGAGUUUGGCAAGUUGACCAGGCUUAACAACCUCUCUCUUGAAUCAAACAUGCUCACAGGAUCAAUACCGACCACAUUCCGAAACCUUUCUGACCUCAAGCAACUUUAUCUCAGCGACAAUCAGAUUUCGGGUAGCAUUCCUUCCUCUGUUUUUGAAUCCUUACGUUCACUUACUGAACUUGGUCUUUCAGGAAACAGAUUGUCUGGGCCAAUUCCAGAGUCAAUUGGUACCUCGUCCUUGCUAACAAUGAUUUUUCUUUAUGGAAAUAAUCUUUCUGGUCCUUUACCUUCAAGCAUAGGCAAGCUUAAGCACCUUACAUUUCUGGACCUCUCCGAAAAUCAAAUCACAGGCAGCAUUCCGUCUUCCUUUUCGGGGCUUAGCUCUCUGGAGGACUGCUUUUUAAGGGAGAACAGGCUAACGGGUAGUUUGCCACUGUCGAUCGGAAUGCUCUCAAAUAUAAAACGGCUAUAUCUUCAAAACAACAGGCUUACCGGACAACUGCCUGCAACAAUUGGCAAUCUUGUUAAUGUUACUGAUUUGUUGCUUUCUAAAAACAGUCUCACAGGCAGGAUCCCUCCAAGUUUUGGGAAUUUAAAAAACCUGGAGAACCUGGAUUUAUCAGAAAAUCAGCUUUCGGGUCCAAUUCCUCCACACACAGCCAAUAUCCCCGCAUCUGCAUUCAAGAAUAAUUCUGGUUUGUGUGAUGCUCCUCUUCCUCCUUGCAAGCAUGCUUAAAAUAUUUCCUUAUAGAGUUCAAAAUAUCUUCCUUGGGAUUCACUGUGUGAAAGAAACACUCACAUCCAAA